AUGGCACCAGCACAUCCCCAUCCCCGUCCAGCAAAGUCGCUUCUAGAGCUCCUCCUCAUAAUGUGCCCUCUCGUAAUCGGCAUCCCUUGGCUCGCUCUACAUAUCCACUACACAAUUUCUCACCCUGUUAUCUGCGACAGCCUGCCAGAGCCUAUAAUAGAACAAUACCACCCCCUCACCGGCACCCCCCAGCUCUCGGAACACCAUAUCCUCAAUACAGCGCGCUAUCUCUCCGAAUCGAUCGGCUAUCGCACCGUCGGAACGCGCGAACAUGCGCUGGCGGACGUUUGGAUGAGCGAGCAGCUUCAGGAGGUGCAGAGCUUAUGCGAAGAGGAGGCGUCUCGGAGAAGGGAGCGGGGUGAGGGAGGGGUCGAAUGCGAGAUUUGGAGACAAGAGGGGAGCGGGAAGCAUCGAGUGUACAAAUCUUACCAUGGGCUGACGAACCACAUUCUGCGCCUCUCUGCCAACACGACCCAGUCCAAAGCACAUGCCGUGCUGGUCAACUCCCACUUGGACAGUACGCUCCCCAGUCCCGGUGCAGCAGACGACGCCGUCUGCGUGGGGGUGAUGUUGGAGCUUAUUAGGGUGUUGGUCCACGGUGGAUGGUCGGGCGAGUGGAGCAUCAUUUUCCUAUUCAACCAUGCCGAAGAGUCGCUGCAAGAUGCCUCGCACCUGUUCUCAACUCAACAUCCCCUAGCGCCCACAGUACAGGCAGUGAUCAACCUCGAAGCAGCGGGCACCACAGGGCCGGAACUCCUCUUCCAAGCCACAUCACAGGAGAUGAUCGCUGCCUACUCCCACGUUCCCCGGCCGCACGGCAGCGUGCUCGCCAACGACGUCUUCAACUCGGGCAUCAUAAUCAGUGACACCGAUUUCGGCCAGUUUGUAAAGUAUCUGAAUGUGACGGGCCUGGAUAUGGCCAUUGUUGGAAAUUCGUAUUUGUAUCAUACGCGCAAGGACCUAGUGGAGAACAUCCAGCCUGGUGCAGCGCAACACAUGGCGGAAAACGUUCUCGCACUACUGAACUACCUUACCUCCGCCCGCUCCCCCCUCCCCCACCUCACAGAAUACACCGCCCCCGCAACGGUGUACUACUCGCUCCUCUCCUCCAUCUUCUUCAGCUACUCAUACGACCUCGCCCUGGUCAUGUCCGUCUCCCUGUUGUUCUGGGCACUCGCGCUCGCCCUCGUCACCACCCGGGACUGGACCGUCGUUCCUCGCGCUUGGGCAGGCAUCGUCGGCGGCAUGGCAGGCGCACUGGGAGCUGCGAACCUAAUGGCUUAUUUCUUCGCCUCCAUCCUUUGUAAACCCCUCAGCUGGUUCGCCCGCGAGUGGCUUUGCAUCCUCCUCUACGCCCCACCCGCCUUGUUGGGUGCGGUCUUCGUCCAACUACUUGUCCAUCCACCCCCUGCUCGCCCCCAGAUAGAGCACCAGUCGCUGACCAGCCUGAUGCUCUUUUACUCCUUUGUAGCAUUCGCUGGUCAGAUGGCAGGUAUCGGAAGCUCCUAUCUCUACUUCAUAAACGCACUCUCUCUUUGGGUGGCGACGGCGCUCAAUGAGUUGCUGGUGAGGGUGCUCAAGCACGAACCUGGCGAUGUGAACCACUGGACGUACGCGGUGGGCAGUGUAAUUCCCCUCAUUGCGGGGAGUGAGGCCCUCGCCCCAACGCUGCAGACCGGCAGACUGGGCAGAGACGCUCCCGUAGAGCACAUUAUAGCAUCCAUUGUCUCCUUUCUCACAUUCUACAUGGCCCCCUUCGUCCUCCCUUUCGCGCAUCGCUUCGGCCGCCCAGCGCUGCGCACUAUCACGCUCGUUCUGCUUGGGGUGUCCGUCGGUAUAUCCGCCGUGUUUGCUGCUCCAGGAUGGAGGGAGUUUGAUCGACAGCAUCAGAAUCGGUUCUUUGUAGUGCAUAUCGAGAAUAUCACGUCGCACGACUACGGCCUGCAUGUCGCUACCCUCAACUCGGCCUCGGGAUUCUCCGAGAUUGUCAAUUCGCUCGCUGGCGAUUUCGCGGAAGUGAAAGGCGUACCAAGGCUGACCACAGAGCUGGGCGAUAAACUUGCGUGGGACGUAUUCCAUCCCGUAUCUGAUCUUGUGACCUCGUACGCGAUGGACCUCUCUCCACCAGAGGAAUACGUCUCUCACUGGCGGCAAGAGUUUUCAGUACACGCCCUGGACAUCGUCCUCGACCCGCACACCGACACGCGCACUUUCACUCUACACAUCGACCACCCAGGUCUGAUCUGGACGGUUGUCUCCUUCCAAGCAGAAGUGUUAGAGUGGGACUUGCCGGACGCGCCUGUCGAAGGUCAUGCACUACACAAGAUCAAAGAAGCGAGCUUCUACAUGGCCGACCAGUGGAGUAUCCGCAUGACGCUGAACGGUACAGCGCCUGUACUGGUGAACUUUGUGGGAAUAGAAGAGAGAAGUAUGUGGCCUGGGAAGAAGGCAAGGCAGGGAGAGAAUAGAGAAGAGAAGCCAAGUAUGAGGAUGUUUGAAAGGUUGGAGACCUGGUUGGAGCAGAAAAGCGAUGGUGGGAUUGAUGUGAACAUGUUUGGAUGUAUUGCGGGUGCGGUGGAGCAUGGCUGGGAACGUGCAGCAGGGGCAACCAAGGUCACCUCUUCACAUACGCAGCGACACGCCCCCUCUAAGCUGCUCUACUUCGAUGGUGCGAGAACACUGGAUACCCAGGAUGUACUGCUCUAUGGGAACGUGAGCACCGGUACGAGGUGGAAUCCUUUUGGAAGGAUAGUAGAGCUGUGUGACUGGGGAAAGCAGUUUGGCAUCGACGGAUUCCUGAGGAUGGAGUUCGAUUUCGAGAUCAUGUACUGCAACUUCACAAAUGGGAUGGAGCUCAUCUCCAGUGUCAAUGUUGUUCCCUGCACGUGGGAGCGAACGCCAUCUUCUGUAGAGCUGAUCGAGCACCGACUGUCCGUUCCCACCAUGGGCAACCCACCCUUGCCAGAGCCGACAGGUCCACCCCGCCGGGGCCCAGGUCGUCCAGACCGCAAUCCCACCCCUCCCGAGCCUCCGGUAGGGUGGCAGGGCUCUCUCCGUACUCCUUCUCAAGUCACGUUCGAAGCUCUACACGCUGGUUACUGGCACAAUUUCGCCCCUCUCACCGGGAUCAAGCUGGAAUAUUGGGGGCUGACAACGUUCUACGACCCUAAGUAUGGCAGCCUCGUGCCUGGGAGGUGGGGGUUGGACGCGGCACAAUAUAGGCUGGCGAAUAUCAGUGAGAAAGAUGCUUCGGCAUGGAAGAGGGAGCUGGAGGGGGUGCUCAUUCGUCCCGAAACCGAAGGAAGCGGGAUCGAUUGGGGAAAUAUUAUGCGGCAUAUUGUGGAACGACAUGCAGAUAGACUGGAGUUUUUCAGGCAUCUGCUGCGGACCGCUACAAGGAAAGACGGGGGUGAUCGGGUUACCCCGACGCAGAACUUGACCAAAAUCGUGGAGAACGCACGCCUCCAAGUGCUGACGAUGCUCUCCCCCUACCUGUCGCGCGCUGCCGUACCUCCCGGAAAGUCGGCCUCCAACGACCGUGCAUGGCUCGAGCCAACGGUCUCCCUCUGCACGGGGAGCUUCACACAACACAUGAACGUCUCCCGCUUCACUCCCCAAGAGCACGUGCUGAAGCAGGCGACGGACACAACAGCGCGAGAGAUUUGCCGCACCCUGGGGCUUAUAUGGUUAUCGGCCUUCAGCGCUGAAUCCGUCACCCUCCCCUCCCAGCAAGAGCAGCUACUCAACUCCUGGCUUCUCGAGGUAGAAAGGCUCAUGGCCUGGCUGGACUGGGCCGUAUGGCUCCGGUGUACCCCGGUGUGCGGAGACGACGAGAUCUGCUCACCUCCGCAGUGGCCGUUUGAUGGUGUGCGGACGGGGGACGAGGGGAGGGAACCGCAUUGUAUUUCGAGGGUGGACUUCCAGAGGGGAGGGAGGGGGCCUGGUGGGCCCGAUGAGCCAGAAAGUCCUGGUGGACCGGGAGAGCCACACCCACCAAGGGGCCCGGAAUACACACGCUCCAGCGCCCUUCUCCAGGGCUCCAGCUCCAACAUUAGUACACAAUCUUCCCUCGCCGCGUCUUCGACCUGCACCUGCCCUGACUCGUUCGUUCCCCCUUCAGCUCCUCGACCCUCCCCCUCCAUUAGCCGCACCUCUGACCUCACAGACCCGGAAGCUACCAUGAACGUGCUCUGCGAUACGUCUGCUGUGACAGCGACAAUGUCAGGAAGCAUAGAAGUCAGCGCCAGCAGGACGCUCCCCGAGCGCCGCUCGUCAGAUGAGAGGCAGUCAACCGGUCUACUUUCGUCGAUUCACGUCGCCUUCGAGGUGAUCACGAUUCGUACCGAGUUGACGAUCGAAUAUGUGCCUUCUCUCAACUGCAAAUAUACGCCUGAUUUACCUAACGCGGCUUGGAAGUCACUCUCGGCAGCUGGCCAGUCCAUCGAUGGCCGGAUCCCAAACUCGUUCUGCUGUAUGGACGCUUCGCCAUCGUCUGCCAACAUGGAUGACACGGCUCAAACUCAGCUUGCUUUGUUACCGUCCCCAAUCCGCACCGCUGUGCAGAAUAUCUUGAAUUAUCUUUCGCGAGCCGCUGAGACAGCUAUUGGCAUACCGCAGAAUGAUGAGGAAAUCGUCCAUAUUACAGAACGACUGGACUACAUCAAGCAGUUCCUUGGCCUUUACCCGGCCCAUUUGCUUCAGUCGCGCGAUAAUAGGACGGACACGAGCAAUGCAAUUUCACCAAAAUCAAACAUUCGCCCGCUUGAACCGGAGGAGCAAAAGGACCUCCUUCACCAUCUUACUCGAGAAUUUCAACGGAUCAACGAUUUGAUGGUGAAAUACCGAGAUAAGCGUAGCACUGCAACUCGGCGAAUGGCCUUCCAACCCGAGGCUGCCGUACUUGUGAGGAAGAUGAAAGAAGCAAGCGAGAGAGCCUCGACAUACCUUCUUGUCUACAAAGUGGUUGAUGCAGAUACAACUGGAGACAGGUUUUCUCGCUUCGAAAAUUUCAUUUCUUUUCACUAUCGUGAUCUUGUCAGACAUGGACCUCACGCGAUGCGCUCAAAGCCAAGUCUGGAUACUCUGUCCACUUGGGAGCCCAGGCACAAGAUUCCCCGGCAAAUUUCAGCUCCUGGUGUUUCAUCCCGCGCGCAUCAGUCCUAUCUGCCUACUACGAGGCCUGUCUCAACAACUCCGGCUGGCCGGAGCAUAACCCCCACCGUCAAGGAUGAUCUUCACACGCGCUCCUUCCGUGGAGGAAGAGGUCGGGGUCGCGGCCGUGCUCGGGGAAAGGUCGUAAACUCCCACAAUAACAGUCAGGCAACACCAACAGACGUGGACACGCCCAACAUUGCAGAACAAACGGGAGUGGAUAUCCGUCCUGCACCCGUUUCUCACAAGGAAUCUGAAUCAGAGUUCGGUUCUCCACUGCCUCAGAUCACCAUGUCAACAACCGCACCCCUGGUUCCAUUUCUGGAAAACGAAAGGUUCGACGAUGUUCACGCCACCAGGAAUUUGGGUAUACUGGAUGCACACAAUGACGUCCCCUCUGACAAAGAUCCCGUGAUACACAUGGUUCUAAAGCACAUGCUUACGCCAGGCGGGAAAAGCAAAGACUGUUCAGAAGAAUGUGAAGCAUUUGCAGCAACAUACAAAGCGUGUAUGACCUCGGAAGUGAUGUUUUCGCACUUUUUCGAUGUGUCUUCUACUCUCCUCGACCGCGUGGGAUCAUCCGGUCUUCCGUCAAUAUUGAACUUUGUUGUCUAUUGGUUGUAUCACGUCCAAGUUGGGGUGGAAGCGCGUGACCUUCUUCUGAGAAUACAGAGCUUUGUGUUGGGAAUACAAGACUUUGUGUCAGGCGAGGUGACGAAAUCACAGACACUAGCAAUCCUGCAGGUUUUGCAAGAGCUGCCGUUGAAGAAGCCGAGAGUUCUGAAGCGCCGUAUAAAGCCCUCCACAAAAGAACUAGAAGACUUCGAAGCCAUCCAACUGGCCGAUCAACUUACCAUACUCCUUAGCUUGGGGUUCCGGCGGAUCCAGGUGAAACACCUGAUUGCAUGGGUCAGCCCCGAGGAAAAGUCGGAAACAAACCCGGUCAACAAAUUUAAAGAGGUCUGCGCCAAGGUACAAUCAUGGGUAAAGGCUGCACUUCUCGGAUGCAGUAAGGGCAGUUCGGGAAGAGAAAGAGUCAAGAAGAAAUUUCUAUAUAUUGCCCAACGUUGCCUAGAGUCAUACAAUCUUGCAGGCACAGUUUCCAUAACCUCUACGUUGCUGCAACUGCAGGAGGCUGGGGAGAUAAAGCUACGCUUCACCCGUGAGCAGGAAGGACAUCCGAUAAACGGUCUUGUCGCUCCAUCACCUGGUGAGGAACUGUACUGGAACGCGCUGGCCAGCAAGCCCGCGGACACGGCCUGUGUGCCUUGGUUAGAUCCUCAUGAAUCUGGGCUGCAAGAGGCGGGUGACGAUGUGCGCACUGCCCGCCCCAUCAGCAUCGCCAACCACAGGGCUCUCUUUAUGGAAGCGAAGAAGCUCAUCGCGUACGGAGCGAAACAGUAUGAGGUGCCAUUCAGCCUCCAGGACAUGAGCUACCUGGAGUUUCACUUUAAAGUAUCGAGUCAGGACUUGAGGGAUGAGGUGAAGAAGGGUGAGCUCUGUACAAACGGUCUCAGACUCUCUUGGUGGAAGCCAGACGAUCGUACGAGGCUGCCUGAGGCUGAAGCUACUUAG